UCAAAACCAAACAAAAAAUCCCCGAACCCUCAAAAUCCAAAAUCCCCUGUUUUCCCCGACUUAACAAUGAGCAGUAAACAAAUGAGUCCUUCUUCAGAAACAGAGUCUUCCACCACUUCAUCUUCUUCCUCAGACUCAAACAAAAAACCCAAACGAAUCAACAACAAUUCCACUUCCAAUUCAAAACACCCACUUUACAGAGGCGUUCGUAUGAGAAAUUGGGGGAAAUGGGUAUCUGAAAUUCGAGAACCAAGGAAGAAAUCCCGCAUUUGGUUAGGAACUUUUCCCAGCCCUGAAAUGGCUGCUCGAGCUCAUGAUGUUGCAGCUCUAAGCAUCAAAGGAAAUUCCGCUAUUCUUAAUUUCCCUGAUCUUGUUCAUCUUCUUCCUCGCCCUGUUUCUCUUGCUCCUCGUGAUGUUCAAGCCGCCGCCGCUAAAGCUGCCCAUAUGCAUAAUCUUUCAUCUAAUACUAAUCAUAGUACUAACAAUAAUAAUAAUACUAAUUCCUCCUCUGCUUUCUCCGAUGAACUUACUGAGAUCGUUGAGUUACCCAGUCUUGGAACGAGUUAUGACGGUGGUGGUGGUGGUGGUGAGUUUGUGUUUGUUGACUCGGAAUUGGAAUCGGGUGCGUGGCUUUACGCGCCGCCGUGGCUUCAGAGCUUGGAGGAAGAUUGUCAUGAUGAUAAUGGGGAUUGUGGUAAGUUGGGAAUGGGAUUUCUUUCUAAUGGGUUUAAAGGGUUUUUGUGGGAUUAUUGAAAAAUCUAUUGUAUUUUACUUUCCUCUGUUUUGUUCUGUUCUGUUCAUCAACUUUUUUUUUUUUUUUUUUUGCCACUUCUUCUUCAGUUCUUAAGGUUUAUAUUUCUCGAAAUGUUUUUUUUUUGCUUUUCAGUCCUUUUGGUUUUUCUUUCAAAGGGCUUGAAAAACUCUGUUUUUCUCUCUUGUUGGCCUUAUUUUUCUCUCUUCUUCAAUGCAUACAACUGUACAGUGUUGACUGUUGAAAUGAAAUGAAAUCAAUUCCCUCUUCUUUUU